AUGCCCCGAAGCGUCCCAGUUGGGUCAGAUCUGAUCGCUUCCCUGAGCCUCGAGAUGGUCGAUUCACCAAUAGGUCGAAAGAUGAAGCGAAGUGAACUUACGACUAGCAUUAGAGGAGUCUUCGGUUGUGGCGACGCUGGCACCUUUAUGAAGCACAUAACGCAGGCAAUGGCUCAAGAUGCGCUUGCGGCUGUCGCUAUUUUGCAAGCAAUGCACGGUGAGGGAGUCACUGCUGCAUUAUCCGAAUGUGAGAACCAGGAUGACAGCCCGAAGACUUCGACGACCGCUGAGAUGGAACUAAAGAACGCGAUAACCGGAGUCGUGGUAUAG